GGAAGGAUCGCCGAGGAAGGGAAGAAACAAUUCGGACAACGAAGUACUGCCUAGUUAUCGAAUCGGUGUGAAACAAUGACAAAUACGCGUAUAAUAAGCGUUUAAUUCACACGGGUGCGUUAUGCUGUUAAUUCGACAAAUAAGUGUGAUUGACAGCUUCUUCCGAUCGCGUGUACUGUUUUCUGCGUGUAGUGAAUUUGUGGAACAUUUGAAUAUUGUGUACCCAAUUCGGAUUUAAUUUAUAUGUGGGAUAGAACUACGAAGGCAAAUGGCACAGCACCAUAUCCUGUCCGCUGUGGAAUCAGAAAUAAGCACCGGUAAAGAGAAGGGCGACGCCACCGAAAGAGAUUUGUCCGUGACGCUAGAUGACCGGGACCUUUGGGUGAGAUUUCAGUGCUUCACAAACGAAAUGAUCGUCACGAAAAGUGGAAGAAGAAUGUUUCCUGUAAUCAAAGUCACCGCAGCCGGUUUAGAUCCCAAAGCAAUGUACACCAUUCUACUGGAAUUCGUUCAAAUAGACCCGCACAGAUGGAAGUACGUAAACGGAGAAUGGGUACCGGGCGGCAAAGCCGAAGUACCACCGUCGAAUCCCAUAUACAUCCACCCCGAAUCGCCCAAUUUCGGCGCCCAUUGGAUGAAAGAGCCCAUAUCCUUCGCCAAAGUGAAACUGACCAACAAAUCGAACGGCAACGGCCAAAUCAUGCUCAACUCCCUGCACAAGUACGAGCCGCGCGUGCACCUGGUGCGCGUCGGCACCGAGCCCAGGCGCGUCCGCACGUUCCCUUUUCCCGAGACCCAGUUCAUCGCCGUCACGGCCUACCAGAACGAGGAGGUCACCUCGCUCAAGAUCAAGUACAACCCGUUCGCCAAGGCCUUCCUCGACGCCAAAGAACGACCGGACAACCUCUACGCCCAGAGGGAGUACUCCAACAGCUACGGGCAGCAACAGACCCAGUAUCAUCCGCAAUAUGGUUCUUGGUUUCUGCCGCACCAGACUGUGUACGCAUCGUCGACGCAAAUGUCUCCUCCGUGCCAAUUUCGCUCCAGUCCUACUUUGAAGCGGCAAAAAUCGGCGCCCUAUACGAUUCAAAGGCAAAAAUCGGCGUCUGUGUCGCCACCUUCACAUGUGUACACUCCGCCCGAUCACGUCCAACAGCAGUCCCUGUACAGUUCCACCGGACCGACGUACACCAGCUGGCCGACGAUGAGCACCAUCCAGACGCAGACGCCGGCCGGCGCGGGCGCCGUCAACUGCUGGUCGCUGGCGUCCGGCUCGCCGCCGCACCACCACCAGAUGGCCUCGCCCAGCCAGUCUCCUAGUCACCAGGUGUACCAGCAUUCGCCCAUUGCGAGCAUCGCCAACUUGUCCUAUCCCGGCUACUACGCCGACGUGUCCUAUCAGAAUCCCGAGUACGUGCCGGUGGUUAACACGGAAUUGAGCUAUACGCAAAUCGGUUUGGACAGAACCACGCCUGUGGUUUACCAAUCGGAGGUCACCACUACGCAGAAGGACGAAUACGAAAGCGGUGCUGUCGUGGAUAGUAGCAGAGAAGAAAGGUCUAGUUCGAGUACUCCCAGACAGGAGUGGAUAUCGAUGAAUCACAUACAGAAUUAGCUUAGUUCAUUCUUUUUGUACAUAAAAGUAAGAGUAAGAAAUAUAUAUUAUACUAUAGCGAUUUGUCCCAAGUUGGUUCUUAUUAUAACCACCAAAGGAAGAUUUGGUAUCUUAAGAUGUGUAUGAGCCAUGUUACAUCUGUAUAUAGAAACGUUCGGAAGUAGUACUGGAAAUAAUACUCGCACAAUUUAGUAAGUUUAAAAUAUCUUGUUAUCUAAAUAACCAAUAACAAAUACAAUACAACGGUUCGAUGAUUACGUAAAGAGCACGUGAAAUGAAAAAUAGCGGUGAUAUUAUUUCACAAAAUAGAAAAAUACUCCUAUUUGUUUGAGCGGACGGCCAAUUUCUCGAUAGCCGAACGCUAAACGUAGGCCAGCACAUAUCACAGUUGUAGAAAUUUAAUAGUUAUUUUUUUUCCAUCAUUGCGUUUAAUAUGUUACUAACAUUCGAAUUGAUUUUGUAAUAGGAAAUAAAAUCUAAAACAACGAGUCACAAGAUACAUAAGUAAUUCGAUUCGAUGAAAAUUCAUUCCAAAGUAAACUUUAUGUUAAAAAAUAAUUUUAAUUGUGAAAUGGUGUUCUGAAUGAAUUUUCUUAUAAUCAAAACCUAGUAAACUAUAAUUACAAGCGAACUUAAAUAAGUAUAUUAUGUGUUUUACUUAAAAGUAGGGUGAAACAAUCUAUUCUUUCAAUUUUUUUACUUAUACAAAAAAUAUCAGUCACUAAUUAACAAAAAAUAACAGUGCACUGAAAAGGCGCCAAUUAACGUUAAAUUUUCUAAUUUUUCAAUAAAUACUUGUGUUUAUUACAAUAUAUACAUUUAAAAAAUACAUAAUAUAUCAAUUUAUACAAUUCUGUAUAAAAUAUUGUUUAUUAAUUAUUGACAUUUUUGCAAAAAACCGUUCAAAUAAUCC